AUGGCGUCCGCCCCGCAAAGCAACGGCUAUACAGCCAAGCCUGUGACAAUUGCUGUCGUCGGCGCUGGCAGCCGUGGCACCACGUAUGCCGCCUACGCUCUCGAGAACCCAGGGCUGGCCCGGGUCGUGGCCGUGGCCGAGCCCAGCAGACACCGAUGCAGUGUCUUUUCGCGCAAGCACAGGCAAGUCGAGCACGCCCUCCACGGCCCCAUCUCUGAAGACUUGCAGUUUUCAAAUUGGAAGGGUCUCAAAGCCAAGGGCAGAAUUGCAGACGCUGUCAUCAUCGCUGUCCAGGACCACCAACACGUCGAAGCGGUUGAGGACUUUGCCGAGCUGGGAUAUCACAUUCUGUGUGAAAAGCCCAUGGCGACCUCGGUCGCCGACUGCGUCAAGAUCCGCAACCUGGCGCAGGCCACGUCGCCCAACGUAUUCGGCAUGGGCCAUGUCCUCCGCUACUCGCCAUACAACCGGGCCGUCAAGGACAUCAUUGACUCUGGCGCCCUCGGCGAAAUCGUCAACAUCCAGCACAUUGAGCCGGUCGGGAACCAGCAUUUCGCGCACUCAUACGUGCGUGGCAACUGGCACAAGGAGGCUGAUUCCUCGUUUGCGCUCAUGACGAAAUCUUGCCACGACAUUGACAUUGUCAACUUUUACCUCUCCGGGCUCACGCCCACCAAAGUCCAUUCCUUCGGCUCCCUCCGCCACUUUAAAAAGUCGCAGAAACCUGUCGAGGCCGGAUCGGCCAAGCGCUGUCUCGAGUGCCCGCACGAGCAGGACUGCGUGUGGAGCGCCAAAAAGAUUUAUAUCGAUACCCUGCAAGGAGAUGUUGAAAAGUGGGCCAGGCAUUUCGUAGAUUCCGAGGUUCUCGACAUUGAAAACGUGACCGAGGCACUCAACAGAACCAACUACGGCACCUGCGUGUACGAGGGCGAGAAUGACGUCGUGGACCACCAAAUUGUAAACAUCGAGUACGAAGGCGGUAUCACGGCCAGCGUCACCAUGUCUGCCUUCACCGAGUCCGUCUGCCAGCGCGGCACACGCAUCCAGGGCACCAAAGGCGAAUUGAUUGGUGACAUGACUACUUUUGAUGUCUUUGACUUUCUUACCCGAACCAGCAAGCACCACACGCCCAAGCUCGACGGCGGCUAUCACGGCGGCGGCGACACCGGCCUCGCGCGCGCCUUUGUCAGUGCUGUCGCCGAGGGCAAACAGAGCGUGCUCCACGUCACGAUUGACGAUAUUUUGGACUCGCACUUGCUCGUCUUUGCGGCUGAAAAGGCGCGCAAAGAGAGCUGCGUUGUGGACUUUGGUCACUUCAAACAGGCCAGUCUCGGUCUCAAGGCGUAA